GUAUGGCACGAUGAAGGCACUCAAGUGCGUGCUCCAUAUUGCCAUAGUCUGGAUUGUACUAUGUCGUUCUGCUGAAGGACUUACCGUAAUCCAUGAGGGAGGAAACGUGUCUUUGUCAUGGAAACAGCCCGACCCCCCUGUCAGGGAGUUUUCAAUACUAAAAUCAGGCAUAUGUGUCUUCAACGUUACUGACUUUGACAACGUCACAGCCUGUGACCCGAGAGUAGAGUUCACCGGAAACGUGACAUCAGACGGAGCUGGAGUGUUCAGUUUUGUUCUACUGAACGUCACACAGGACGAUGACGGCUUGUAUAUAUGUUAUGGAGGUUCACCUCAUCAUGGGGGAUCAAUGAUAGCUCAUUGUGGAGAAGAACUUAAUGUGGUGGAAGUCUAUGCCACAUAUGGUAUCCAUGGAGAACCUCUGUCUAUUUCCUGGAAUCUGCCAAACCCGGGCAUCAAGGAGUUCACUGUGAUGAAGUCAGGUGAAUGCUUCUUCCACGUAGUCAAUUACAAUCAAGUCUCAAAGUGCGGCGGCUUUAACGGAAUUUUCACCGGAAAUAUCACACAAUCAGGAAGUGGGGUAUUCAGCUUUGAUCUGCCAACCCUGAGCAAAUCUGAUGAUGGAUACUUCAGGUGUUUUGCUGGCUCGCCAAGUUCAAAAGGGCCAAGAAUACCUGCAUGUGGACAAGAGGUUUCUGUAAUAAGUGACCUAGAGCAUCCGUACAUCGUCGGCCCCGAUGUUCCACACCCUGGAGAAGGGUUACAGCUAUCUUGCCACAUAAAUGUUGUUGUUAACAGCAACAGAUACCAUCACAUCAUCGCAUCCUUCACAUGGUGGAUGAAUGGUGUAACUCUGGAGACAGGAGAUAGAUAUUCUUUGUCGUCAAAACAUGCUCAGUGGGAGCCAAGAGUACGAUAUCACAUUAGCUCUCUGACUAUCAACAAUGUCAGUAUGGAGGACGACACAGAUAACUACACGUGUCAAGCCCAACUGGAUCACCGUCUCCGUACUGAGAAGAGUGAUCCUUUCACCAUUGGGAAGAAAUUGCCAACAGAACUCUAUAUGAAUUACACACUUGUACGUGAGGGAGGGAACGCCACCAUGGUAUGGAAGAUGCCCAGCCAAGGAGUUUGGUUCCGCAUAAUGAAUCCGAGACCAAGCAUCAUGAUGUCCAUGUUAUAUCACACUGUGCACGUCUUUCAGAAAUUCUGGACGAGAAUAAAGAUAACAAGGAUUAUUGUCUUCCCUGACUCUCGCGCUUUGCUGCUGACAAUGUACAACGUGAUGUUGACAGAUGCUGGACACUACCGCUGUGACCGAUCGUUGUGUGACAAUGUUCUGGUUGUACAAAAACCACCAGCUAAACCGGUCAUACAUGGUAGUGACGUAGCUGUCGUCAAAGGGAAUUUGAGAUUAACUUGCAUCUCAGAAGCGCAGAGUCUGCCGAGAGAAUACCGCCAACCAUUGUCUUAUAUCUGGAGGGGAAAUAGCAAACUGUUGGAACGUGGAGGAGAAUAUGCGAUGGAAGGACCUCAUCUUAUUAUCACUGAUGUUAACAUAUGUCACAGAGGCAGAUAUUCGUGUCAGACCAAAGAGAGAAGUUUGGCCUCUGUAUGGAGUGAUGACGUCAGUGUUGACAUCAUGGGCCCUGCCCCUCAUGUCAGCGCCCCUGUUCACGCUACACCUGGUCAGACUUUGACAUUGACAUGUUCCUCCCCUGCCUGGAGUCGAUCCCGAGCUACACAUGUGGCCUACACUUGGAGAAGGAACAACGUCCCGGUAAAGAAUGGAGGAAGGUAUCAGAUGAGAGAAGGAACUCUCACCAUUACAGAUGCCAGAAAGGAGGACGAGGGCACAUAUUCCUGUCGGACUGAACAGGAUACGUUGGCCUCUGGCUGGAGUGAGACAACUGAGGUCCUGAUUUUGGACCCUGCCCCUCAUGUCAGCGCCCCUGUUCACGCUACACCUGGUCAGACUGUGACACUGACAUGUUCCUCCCCUGCCUGGAGUCGAUCCCGAGCUACACAUGUGGCCUACACGUGGAGAAGGAACAACGUCCCGGUAAAGAGUGGAGGAAGGUAUCAGAUGAGAGAAGGAACUCUCACCAUUACAGAUGCCAAAAAGGAGGACGAGGGCACAUAUUCGUGUCGGACUGAACACAAUACUUUGGCCUCUGACUGGAGUGAGACAACUGAGGUCCUGCUUUGGGACCCUGCCCCUCAUGUCAGCACCCCUGUUCAAGCUACACCUGGUCAGACUGUGACACUAACAUGUUCCUCCCCUGCCCGGGGUCGAUCCCGAACUGCGCAUGUGGCCUACACUUGGAGAAGGAACAACGUCCAAAUAGAGAGUGGAGGAAGGUAUCAGUUGGAAGAAGGUACUCUCACCAUUACUGAUGCCAGAAAGGAGGACGAGGGCACAUAUUCGUGUCAGACUGAACACGAUACUUUGGCCUCUGACUGGAGUGAGACAACUGAGGUCCUGAUUUUGGCGGAGCAAUCACAUACAACAACUGUUGUUGCUGGAGCAUGUGCAGCAGUCUUUGCAAGUGCUGCAGUUAUCAUUAUCCUUCUGUACAAAAAGAUGAAACGUUCAGUGGAAAUAAGAUAUAUCCCAGCAGACAGUGUUCGGAUGAGCGACAUCGACCAGCCAGACAUAUAUGUUUCAGAUCAGGACAUGCUUAUACAAAACUAGUUGUAGUAUCCCGAAACUUUAUGAUUUUUUGGUGAAGCAAUUUGGUUGGGGGAGAUGUAUAAUGUUGCUUUGAGGAUUAUUUCAAUUAUAUCAUAGUGUUUCACCCUAAUACGUGAGAAGAGCCCGAAGGUUUAGCACUUGAGUGAGCAAAUCCCAUGGCAUGGGAUUUAAAGAACUGACUUAUCACCAUUUGGCAAUCCAAGAUUCCAGUCACACCAGACACACAGAGUGUUUUACUGAAGUAUUAUGAACUAUUAUUUUAUUGAGAACAUUUGUUUCUUUUAGUCGUUGCGUUGAUCAUUCUAUUUGGUGUAUAUAUGCGUAGACGUGUCCAUAGAUGAUAUUUGUUAUAAAGGAAUUUUAUACAUUAGAUAUUGCAUUGAACAAUGUGCCUGUCAUUUGGUAAAAGAAAAUUGUAUUAAGCAAAUGGUUUGUUUUCAUAUUGGAUUUUGGCCGUGAUUUGCAGUCUUUCACAAACUGCGGUGUUGAUCAUUUAUUGUUGUUGGUCAUUGCUUUUACGAUCCUAUUUUGUUUAUAUACGUAUUAAUGUCAAUAUAUGUUAUUUGAUAUUUGUGAUUAUAUCUUAUUAGAUAUUGUUUUGAAAGAGUCAUUUUUUCGUUAACUUUUGUAAAUAUUUCAGUUAUAUCAAUGUGCGUUAGCUUCAUGGGUUGAAAACCUUUGUGAUGCCAUACCCUGUUACCACUGUUUGUGAAACCUCAUGUUUACAGUGAUUAACUACUAAGAACCAUAUUCGGUGCGAAGAUAAGAUUCGAACCAAUGGUCAGUGCAUCCUGUCAUUUUCAGGGACGUAACUCAGAAGCAAGGCCACUGUUCAUGUGUUCAUUGAAAAGCAAUGUAACAGUAUGUUCUAUGUUAUGUCGAUAACAAAUCAGAAUGGCCACAUGAUGAUCAAAAUUGAAAAUGUAGACUUGUAAACCAGCUUUAACAUUGAUGUUUGUGUAUACCUGCUUGUUUGAGCAUAUAAGACUUCUGGUUUCAUCUAACUGCAGCUUAUUAUAUUUUAUUUGACCGCUAUUGAUUGUUUGUAAGGGCGUUAAACUAUCUUUGUUUUUGUUCAUAAUUCCUUCUUCGUUGUGUUGAUGUGAGGUUGACCUGAACAAACCUCUUUUUCAUAAUGAUUUAUUGUGAAAGAUGUCAAUCCUUUUGGACGUCUUCACGCUGCUGUCCUUGUAGAAAAGCAGCUAUAAUUCUGUUGUUUUGAAUUUGCUUUUUAAAUAAAUA